AUGUUCUCAGAAUAUGCCUCGCGCUUUCUCGCUCAAUCUCAGUCUCGAAUAGCACCUCGCCCUGAUGAUAACCAAAGAGGUGGUCGAGGUUAUGCACGGCCUCAGUCUCGGUUUCCCUCAUCGCUUCUAAACAGGACCGCGGGAGACCCAUAUCAACCGUCCACGUCCCAGUUUUCCAAUUUUCCUUUCGCCCAUAGAGCUUCUGCCCAACCUGCCCCUCUAUUUUAUAGCGCCACAGACGAGUUUCGCGAGGAAGAUGAUGAAACAGAACACGAGCGGGAAAUUGCAGACUUCUACGCUUUGCAAAAAUCAAGACGGCAUUUUGGCGGCAGUCAAAUGAAGGAUUCCUCGGAAAUGGAUGAAGAUGAUGAGAGCUCAGUCAGCCUCGAUGGGCAACAGUCUCUGUACACUGACGGUCCUAAAGGAAGGAAAGGCAUCCGGAGCUCCUGGCGAGGUGGUAAAGCCACUCAUUCGCCGCACAAUUUCCCUGUCGAUCCUCUACCAGAGGCAGUCGAAGCCGAGAACGGGUCCUAUGCAAGCCGAAGUACACGGAAUAAAGACAAUUUGGUCGACGUUGGUCUAGGGGACACGUUGAGGACCGACGAUGAUGUCCGGAGGUCUGCAUCACCUGACUCUGGCGAUGAUGACCCGCCUUCCAUCCAACGCUUUCGGGAGCAACCGCGCACUCUAAGGGGCAGUUCUGGAAUGGGAUCCUUUUUUCUGUCUGCAGAUGCAAACAAGCGAGAUGACACGCAGGAAGCAGAUUUGGCUGACAGACAACCAAGCUCGGUCGCUGCUGUCAGAGUGGAAUCACCUAUGCAUGAUGUUUUUUGGGGCCAGCUGUUUUUGAUAUGUCUGGCUUGUCUUUUUGCUACAGCAUUUCUUGUCUAUUUACAUACGUCAAGCCCGUCCGGUGACAAAUCGAAGUGGGGGGAUACUAUUUACAUGACGGUUCAUAGGUCUUUCCACCUUCUGGGUAUAUAUACCCUCGUGUCAGUGUUCAUUUCACUACUUUGGCUAGCUUUACUGCGGUCAUAUGUGCGCCCUCUUAUUCACGUGAUGAUUGUUGCUGUCCCCGUGAUUUUAUACUCGUUCUCGAUAUACCCAUUUGUCUCCAGUUUCAGAGGUACCUGGCAUGGAGUGAGCAUACAGGACAAAGUGAUGCGUUUUGGGUCUGCUGUUCCUUUUGUUAUGGCGAGCAUGUGGCUAUACAACGUCAUCCGAGGCCGCCAUGCCAUAGGAAAAGCAGUGAGUAUCCUUGAAUUUGCGUGUCGGAUACUUGCCGCAAACCCCGAGCUACUCAUCCUCGGCUUAGCUGUUCUCUUCUCUGUCGCAUCAUGGACAUGGGUAUGGAUGCUCAUGUUCACUCGGGUGUUUCUAGGGGGGCAUUUUUCCGGUUCGAGGCUGUUCUUGAUCGACCACAGCAGCUGGUGGUUAGGUAUCUAUUUCAUUCUUGUUUACAUAUGGUCAUUGGGAGUUAUCGCAGGGAUUCAGCGUGCGGUCACAUCCGCAACCGUGAGCCAGUGGUACUUUCAUCGCCUUGCAAGACCAGCACCCACCUCCCGACAAAUCGUGCAGGCGGCCAUGUUUCAUUCCCUCACAGUAUUGUUUGGCACAAUAUGCUUGUCAAGGCUUCUAGCACUGCUGAUCAGGCUUCCCCUCCUCCUACUACCUCGGCGUGUCAUGUCUGUAUUGAGUUUGUUUGCAUAUUCCCUAGUCCCUACACCGGUUGCGAGUCUCACGAACCCUCUUGCUCUGACUUAUGCGGCAAUCCACUCCAAACCACUAGCUAUAUCCGCCCGUGGACUUACUCAGAUGACCACCCUAUCCAUUUCAACCACCCCAUCUUCAUUGCAUCCUCACUCCUUCUCUUUGACGCAUGGCAGCCCGGCUCCUUUGCUGCCAUACCGGCUAUCAAAGCUGAUAUUGCAUGCUACACGUUUUAUGAUGUCUUUGGCGCUUGGCUUUGGCGGUUGGGUAACUACAGCUCGAAGCUUGAGCACGCCUGGUGUUGUCGGUACGACUGGUGGCAGCAUGUAUGCUUAUGUGGUAGGUCUUAUUGCAGGAACCAUCGGUUGGAGUAUUCUGGGAGCAAUGGAAGGUAUAAUUGCGGAUAUUGUAGAUGCGUCGGUUAUUUGUUGGAGCAGUGAGGUUGGCACUUAUGACAGGGAAGCUAGGUAUUGUCGCGAGGCUGGAUGGCUCUUUGGCGAUUUUACGGACUCUACGCACCAUCAUUAUGAGGUCUAA